AUGGUAAAAAAUAAAAAUCGUGAUAGUUUUUUUUUUUUUUAACAACGUUUAGUUAAUUAUUGUUCGCUCAUCUGUUCCGUCCGCUCAUGCGUAGGGUUCGGCUCGUCGCACGUGAAUUAAUUAAAUUAUAUUAUAAGAUAACUGUUUAAUAUUUAAUAAUAUCAAUGUUUUCAUUUUCUGCUAUUGUUGUUUAACUACAAUGUUGAGUAUCACACCAUUUUAAAAUAUCAUUAGUGUAAAUCGGUUGAUGAUAUCAACAUAUUUUAUCCUCACAAUUGUUUACUACUAUUGCGUACCUAUUGAAAAUUUAACUACCGACUGAGCUUGAUGAAUGUUCAUCAGCGAUAUGCUCACCUCAAAGGAUCUUCAUCGCAUACUGCCUAUCAUUAAAGUGCUAAUUAUCAUAUUUUUAACAUUAGUUCAAAUUCAAUAUGUUUGCUGUGGAAUAACUGAUCAAAUCGACAAUCAAUUCAAUAACUAUGCAUUUAUCGAACCAAAAUUAUUUAAUACAAGGCAUAAAAGAGAAAUUCAAUCAACCAAAAUAAAUCCGAAUGGCCUGGAGCAUGCCCAUGAUAUUACAUUAACAUUUGUUGACAAUGGACAAGACUAUAUUAUUGAUCUCAGCCUCAAUAGAGGACUAAUUCCUGUUAAUUAUUUUGAAAAACAUCAGAAAGAUGGAGCUCAUGUGAUAAAUAGACCAAAAGCUGAUGAACUUGAAUUCUGUAAUUAUAAUGGUAAAAUUCGCAAUCUACCAAAUUCCUGGGCAGCAAUUUCUACUUGUGAUGGCAUAAGGGGAAUGUUUUUUGAUGAGAUUUCAUACCAUUAUAUUGAAAAUGCUGAACGCGAACCGGGUAAUAAGUUUCAUAUUUUAUACAAACAUAAAGAUUUAAGAGCUAAUUUUACUUGUGGAUUUCCUAGUACUCCAGAAUUUACACCUAAUAAAAUCAUUAAACGUAAUAAAAGAAACACAAAUUCUUUGAAGGGACCAUAUCAUCAAAAUGACAAAUCUAGAUUUAUUGAAUUAGUACUUGUUGUUGACCAAGAAGAGUAUUUGUCGUUUAAUAGCGAAUUAUCUAAAGUUUAUCAACAUGCUAAAAAUAUUGCAAAUAUAAUAAAUUCUCUUUAUAUACCAUUGAACAUAUUCAUUACACUUGUUGGAGUAGUUGUAUGGACUGAAUAUAAUGAAAUUGCAUUAGUGUCAAAUGGUGACACUACGUUGACUAAUUUCUUACACUAUCGUCGUGAUCAUCUUGUCAAAGAUCAUCCUAAUGAUAAUGCUCAAUUACUAACAAAAAUCCAAUUUGAAAAUGGUGUCGUUGGUAAAGCUUUAAAAGGACCUAUAUGUACUUAUGAAUUUAGUGGUGGUGUAAAUAAUGACCAUAGUAUUGUACAGGGCUUGGUAGCAUCAACUAUAGCUCAUGAAAUAGGCCACAACUUGGGUAUGGAACAUGAUACAGCUGAGUGUGAUUGUCCUAGUGAACGUUGUAUUAUGGCAUCUUCUUCAGGAACCCCAGGUCCAACUCAUUGGAGUUUGUGUAGUAUGGAAUAUUUAGCGCUUGCGUUUGAACACGGAAUGGACUACUGUUUGAGAAAUAAACCUAAUAGAUUAUUUGAAAGCCCAGUGUGUGGUAAUAGUUUUGUAGAAGAAGGAGAACAGUGUGAUUGUGGGGUAAAAGAUAUGUGUACCAAUCCUUGUUGUAAUCCUGAUACAUGUAUGUUUUAUAAAAAUGCCACAUGUGCCACUGGAGAAUGUUGUGAUAUAAAUACUUGCCAUUUUAAGUUAGCCGGUGUGGAAUGUAGAUCGGCUCUACAUGAAUGUGAUUUACCUGAAUACUGUACAGGAGAUUCAGAGUAUUGUCCAGAUAACGUGUUUAAAUUUGACGGGUCUACUUGUGAAGCAAAUAAGGCAUAUUGCUUUAAUGGAUCUUGUCGAACACAUGCAGAUCAAUGUCGUUUAUUAUGGGGUCCUACUGGGGAAUCAUCAGAAAACAUGUGUUACUUAGGGAAUACUAAGGGUUCACCACAAGGAAACUGUGGUUACAACCGUCUAAACAAGACUUAUGUCAAAUGUACCCAAAAAAAUAUUAAAUGUGGCAUGUUGCAAUGUAAGCAUAAAAAUGAACGUUUAGAAUUUGGUAUGGAAACUGUAUCCAUCAUAUCGCAUACAUUUAUAGACGUUAAUGGAUCAAUGACACCUUGUAGAACUGCUAUUGUGGACUUGGGUUUAAAUGAUGUUGAUCCUGGUUUAACACCAAAUGGUGCAAAAUGUGGUGAAAAUAUGAUGUGUGUAAACCAAGUAUGCAUGGCUGUAGAAGAAUUCAGAGCGCAAAGUAAAAAUUGUAAAAAUAAUUGCAAUGGAAAUGGAGUGUGCAACAACAAAGGCAAUUGUCACUGUAAAAUUGGUUAUGCACCACCAUACUGUGAUUAUCCUGGUCCUGGAGGAAGUGAUGAUUCUGGACCAGCAUCCAGUCCAAACACACUCAAAGGAUUUAUGACUGGAAUGUAUGUUCUAACAUUUGGAGCCAUUCCACUCUUGUUAGCUAUUUUGUUAUUUGCCUAUUGUUCGAAGAAUCAUCGUACACCAUCUGACUGGAAUAAAACUAAUCGCCUAAAGCUAUCCAAUGAUUCAGAAAUUGGUAACAAACCUAAUGGUAUCGUUUCACCUUCAAGUACAUUAUUGAUAGACAAUCAAAAACCGCCUUCACUCCAUGCGGACCUAGUAGGUAACUACAAAGGAUUUAGCAUUAAGCCGUUAGUGCAAAGUGAACAACCAGUCGUCUGUCGGACUCCAAUCAGACCGGCACCUUCUGCGCCUGCCACUGUUGGCGUGUUAAACGAAAGAAGUGGUAGAUUGCAAAUAAGUCAACCGGUGUUGGACGCAACAACGUCGUCUACCGUACACAAGUUAGUGUCUAUACCAUCUAAACCGGCACCACCAAUACCAACUGCCACCAGGCCUACGUCGUUGAUAGCCGCGGAAAACAAAAAUAGUGGUGUCGGGGGGGGAGGGUAUCCAACAUUGCGAAGGAUUACAUCAUUCAUGAAAAAUCAGAAGACCGACGAGAAAAAACACACGAUCCCUCGUGCCAAUGCCAAGUUCGACAAGGAAGAAUUGAAAAAACUGGAAAUAUCCCACCCAAUCCUCCAGAAGGAGAUAAACGUACCGUCAGAACCGUUGCCACUGGAGGCAGAUCAACACAAAGCGGUCGUGCUCAGAGCUCAGAGCCUGCGCGUCGCUAACCACACUAAUCAUAAGCCACGCGUACCGAAUUUUGGGUCAAUGAAGUAUAAGCGGCCCACCAGCGUUGCCGCCCCAACGGCGGCGGCGUCCGCCACCAUCGCCUGUUCAAGACCCACUUCGCCGCCUCCACCUCGUCCGCCGGCUUUGCAACCAGUUCAGGUCCAAGCUGACUAUCAGAUACCUCGACCACUGGCGACCGACUGCAGAGGCAACAGUUUGGAGACCGCAAAUGUCAGUGGUGAAGAACCGCACUCGGAGAAUAUCUAUUCAGUGAUCGACGAGCGACCCGCGGCGGACGUAGACGAGGACGACUCGUGUACAUACAAAGUACCCAGAUCUUUAGAGAGUUCGUUGCUGGGCGAAAUCGUGUCGGCGAUACAGGAACGCAAUCAGGAGUCCAUUUACACCAGUAAACCAACCGUCGAUCUUCCUCCGCCACAGCAGCAGCAGCAGCAGACUUACGAAAACUAUAAGUCUUUGUCGGCUGGUUCGACCACCAGUUCUGGGUACAUGCGCCCCGUGGACGUCAAGUCGCGGGUCGCCUCAUAUGACCAGCCGGACUUGGUCAAAAACUGUGAUGACAACCGAUCAUUAAACCCUUCGCCAGACGUGCUCGAAGCAAAAAAGCUACCCUCGACGGACAAACCGACCGUACUGUUUCCAAAACCAGUUGUCGGUGUGGCUAAUAAGUCGGCGUUAACAGCUACGGUAGGUCUGAAAAAAAAACUUUCGGACGGUAGCCGAUACCCAUCAAAAGGUGUGGCCGAUAUUCAAAAGAAAUUUGAAAACCGCGGAAAUGUACUGAAAAAUCCUCCAGUGUCGACUAAACCGACAAACUCUGGGAACAGGUAAUGGUGGCCGACAUCAGUACAAAGAUGUUUUAUUAUUAUUAAUUAUUUAUUUUUUAUGGGGUGGACGAAAGACUGCUGUCAUGACAUCCGCUUUUUUGUAUACAAUUUUUUACAUACACAAUGGUGCUUAUAUUUAUCAUUUUUAUUUAGGAGUUAAUUAUUACUUGUGUGUAAUUAUUUCGGUGUACAUAUGGCAUUGUUUUAUUAUUAUUUUUUUUGAACAAAAUGACUUAUUA